CUUAAUAAUACACAAACCUCAAAAACUAUGCAGGGCAGUGUUAUUGGUGCCGGCAACAGUUCAGUUUCAUUAUAAGACUGAGUUAUGGGCUCACUAUCGCAAUCAUUCGUUGGGUCAGGCUCACCUUCACAAUCAUUCUUUGGGUCAGGCUCACUUUCAUUAUCAUUCGUUGGGUCAGGCUCACUUUCACUAUCAUUCGUUGGGUCAGCCUCACUUUCACUGUCAUUCGUUGGGUCAGGCUCACUUUCACUAUCAUUCGUUGGGUCAGGCUCGCUUUCACUGUCAUUCGUUGGGUCAGGCUCACUUUCACUAUCAUUCGUUGGGUCAGGCUCACUUUCACUGUCAUUCGUUGGGUCAGGCUCACUUUCAUAUGGGAGAAUUAAGGUUGAGCUGUGUGUGUUACACGGCCAUUUACAAGAAUGCAUCUACAGCAUAAAUUGAGAUGCAGCUGUAGUUGAAUAAUAUUAACCAAGUGUUAUUUUAGCACAGUACAAUAUGUUUUGGGGGACAUUUUUAUGUGGGAAUGUGUCUCUAGUUAUAUAAAGGAAGUCUGAAGUAUUAUUUCACUAAUAUGUUUGACUUUCCUUCCCACAGAUAUGAACUGAAGAACAAAUGGCAGUGGGAAGAGAAGCAGUAGACUGUGAGAACACUAUGUUGGGUGCAGGUGUAAACAACAGUGGACAUAGACAAAGUAUUACCAACUGAACCAAAGAAUUACAAGUAGACAAGAAAUUAUUCUUCCUUGUGGAAAUAUGUUUUGAAAUAAUUCAAAACUUGUGUAUAGAUUCACCCCCUCAUAAGACUUUUGUCACAUGUAGUAAAAGUUUACCAGCCAUCACAAGUACAGUAGUAUAUCAGCCUGAGUAUUAUUGUUUACCAGCCAUCACAAGUACAGUAGUAUAUCAGCCUGAGUAUUAUUGUUUACCAGCCAUCACAAGUACAGUAGUAUAUCAGCCUGAGUAUUAUUGUUUACUGUACAUCAGAGGAACUGUACAUAUAACAAUAGUGUACAGUAUAUAAUUUUUGUACACUUCCCUGUUGAGUGUUUUUAUAGUGUAUGUUGUGUCAUAAACAGUGUUUGUUAAUGGCAAGUACAGUUAUAUGUGUAACUCAUUCUUUACACCAUUUUUCACAUUUAGUUCAAAGAGGUAUAGAGGAACCUUGUUAAUAAUGGUGUAGUCACAUCACAAACUGGAUCUUCCAUCACACUUACCUCCUCACUGUCCUCCCAUCUCAGCAUCAUUACAUCAGUGUCAGUAAAUCACAUUCACUAAUUGAUUUAUGUUUCAGUUUUCAUUGUCAAAUAUAAUUAACAGUAACAAGACAUUAAUAGCUCUUGUAGGAGGAAACAGUUUGCCAGUUAAGUGUCACUAAAACCUUUGAACACACAAUACACACAGUUUUAUAAUGGAAGGUCACUCAGAGGAACAGUCAGAGUCUCCCAGAGAAUUGUCUGUAAAAUCACAUCAAGUAACACAUGUGAAAGAUCAUACAGGAGAGAAGCCAUUUGAGUGUUCAGAAUGUUUUAAAGGUUUUAAAAGACAACAUGAUUUAGUGAGACAUGUGAAAGUUCAUACAGUAGAAAAGCCAUUUCAAUGCUUAGAAUGUUUUAAAGGCUUUUCACAAGGAAGUCACUUAGAAGCACAUAUGAGAAGUCAUACAGGAGAGAAGCCAUUUGAGUGUUCAGAAUGUUUUAAAAGGUGCUCAUUUAAAUCUUCUCUCAUAAAUCAUCUGAGAGUUCAUACAGAACAGAAAUCUAAGAAGUGUUCAGAAUGUUUUAAAGAAUUUAAAAGACAAAGUGAGUUAGUGAGACAUAUGAGAGCUCAUACAGGAGAGAAACCUUAUCAGUGUUCACAAUGUGUGAAAAGAUUUAGAAGACAAGGUAAUUUAGAUGAACAUACGAGACUUCAUACAGGCGAGAAACCUUAUCAGUGUUCACAAUGUCCUAAAAGGUUCACACAUAAAAAUUCUCUCGUAUAUCAUAAGAGAGUUCAUGCAGGAGAGAAACCUUAUCAGUGUUCACAAUGUCCUAAAAGGUUCUCACAUAAAAAUUCUCUCAUAAUUCAUGAGAGAAUUCAUACAGGAGAGAAACCUUAUCAGUGUGCAAAAUGUUUUAAAAGGUUUUCACAUAAAAGUUCUUUUGUGUAUCAUAAGAGAGUUCAUACAGGAGAGAAACCUUAUCAGUGUUCACAGUGUAUUAAAAGGUUCUCAGAUAAAUCUUCUCUCAUAAAUCAUAAGAAAACUCAUACAGGAGAGAAACCUUAUCAGUGUUUAGAAUGUCAUCAAGGCUUUUCUAAAAGUUCUAACCUAGUAAGACAUAAGAAAGUUCACUCAGAAAAACCUUUCCACUGUGUAAGAUGCAUGAAAGACUUUAUAGAGAAAGAGAGUUUAAUAUUACAUGUAGAGAGAUGUUACCAGACUGACCAGGUGGUCAACUCUCAUCAUUAUGAAGGUGAAAGUUGCCAGGAUUUGCACCAUGACUUGAGCUUGUCUUGCCAACCAACAGUGGAGAUGUGUGUUUCUGAAGGAGUGAAAAAGGAAACUAAUUAUGAUCCACUCUCAGUCAUUUGUGAGACAGAAGCUUCACCAGGGCCUGAGAUAAUUGACCAAUCUUCUUUAAAGAUGGAGUGCCUGGAAGAACUAGAAUUUGUUAAGGAAGAAUUCUGAAACUGUUAUUGUUAUUGAUAGUCAUGGUAGACUCAACCUUGGUCGCUCUAAAAUCAAUCUUUACAAAAUUGUGAGAGAAAAUGUGACGUAACGGAUGAAAAUAUUAUGAUGCUACUGAGACAACUGAGUCGCAGUAUUCAUUCUGAAAUUCAUCUCGUCCCCUCCCCUCUCUUCCUCUCCCAUCCCAUCCCAUCCCUUCCCAUCCCCUCCCUUCCCUUCCUCUCCCUUCCCAUCCCUUCCCGUGCCCUUCCCGUCCUCUCCGUCCCUUCCCCUCCCCAGUAAAGAUUGUUUUUUGACUGGCUGUACAUUUAUUAAUAAAGUACACUGUAUCCUCAUUAAUUGGGGUCAUUAUAAUUCAAAUUUUGGCCAAAUUC